ACAAAAUUUCAAAAAAAAACUGAAAAGAUCUAAUAUUGAAUACUUGACUGGUAUUGCUGAUAUUUUGAAAGUACUAUAAAUCAACAUCAUGAGCAGAUGGACUGAUCUAAGCAAGCAAAGCUCUGAAGCUGAAAAAGUACAAAAACUUCAGACAUUAGUUGAAACCAUAAAUAUGGAACGCCAGCUUCCAGAGAUGAACGACAAAGUAAAAUGGUCUGAUAUAUUGUUUGAGAAGGAUUUUGUUAAAAAUCUAAUGCCUCCAACCAGAUUAAGUUUCAGAGAAUCAUUGAACUCAUGUGCAGAAUUUGUCAACAGUUAUGUUACCGGUUGUUACUUGUCACCUUAUACUUUAGUGGGAAUAUGGUCUAACAUGACCCAAGCAGAUAUGACAACCCCACUUUUCUGUAGCUCCUGUUUUCAAUCCUGUAACAUUGGAUUUUUUCCGGGAUCACUAAAGCCAUCUCUUAUAAAAAACUUUAAGAACUAUACUGCAACGAAAGUACGGGAAAAUAUCAAUGCAGCCUCAACUGGUUCACGUAUAGCAUUUACCUCGAAGCAAUGUAAGAUAUGGUAUAAUACUAUGAUGGAUAUUCUGUAUGUUCCUGAUAUCUCUACAACUCGUCUAGUUCAUAUUCAACAAAAAUUAUCUACAAGUUCUAUUUAUAGCAAGUAUGAAGACACAGUAGAGGCAACUGGAGAAGAAUAUAUUAACAAAAAAAAUCUAACACUUUCAGCAAUUGACAAAGUCGCUCAUCAGCAAGAGCUUAUUAACUUUCUCGGGCAUCUAAGUAUGAUGUUCGUCAAUUUUUUAGAGGAAAAGAGAGAAAGUAAUCUUACGAUAAUAUAUAAUGAAUUUCUACCCAUGUAUACCGAAUACUGGGGCUCUCCUAUUAAGGCUAGUUGGAUACCUCCACACUGCAGCUUUCUAAAACAGAUAGAAAGAAUUAUGGUUAAAAGAUCAGCUCCAGCCAAUCUCUUGCUCACUUUCAUUCUCAAAGGAUUCAUAGAAAAUAGUUUUAAUGCCGCGGUAACUACUUUUCUAUACAACGCCUGCCUAUAUAACGUGCGAAAAUAUCAAAAUGCUUGCAUGGCAUUGUUCUAUAAAGUUGCUCAAGAGGAAAUUAUGAGAACAUUUCCAAUUUUAGUAUUUGAUCCAGAUAUUGUACAUUACACUGAGAUAUAUGCAGCGAGAACACUUCAGCUAACCACCGCCCAGUGGGCUACAUUAUUGAAUCCUAAGACUUUCGUUGAAAUUUCCGCUGAAGAUAAAUCAAUUAUUACCUGCAUUUUGUUGGGAAUAUGUACCAAUAAUGAUCAAGAUGAUCCAUUAUGGGGGCAGACACAAAUUGGAGGACGUGAUAUGACGUUUCGUCUGCAAUAUGGAAGAAUUGGUGCUGUCAUAAGAGAACAAGCCAGUGUCUCACAAAAUACCAGAGUAUGGUAUUAGUGGCGACCUUAUUUUCUUCUAGACAACUCUGGCUGUGUAAAGUACAGGUUCCAUUUUUAUUUAACAGAAUAUACUAUGUAUAAACAAUUGUUAGCUAAUCGAGCUGUAA